CACGCCCUGAGCUGAAGGCAGAUGCUUAACGACUGAGCCACCCAGGCACCCCUGGAGAGCCACUGUAUGCAUCAAGGGGUCCAUACGUGACUCUGUCUUCCUGCCAGUCCUGAGAACAGAGCCUGAGCCUUCAUCACUCGCAGGCAUGAGAAGGGUGAUGGAUCGUCAUUCCUUUGUCAUGGCCCAGCAUAGAGGCCCCACAGUCCAGUGUCCAAGCCACAUAGAACAACAAAAUCUAACGAGUGUCUCAGAAUUCUUCCUCACGGGACUCUCAGACGAUCCAGAACAGCAGCCCCUUCUCUUUGGGCUGUUCCUGUCCAUGUACCUGGUCACCGUGCUGGGGAACCUGCUCAUCAUCCUGGCCGUCAGCUGUGACCCCCACCUCCACACCCCCAUGUACUUCUUCCUCUCCAACCUGUCCUUGGCUGACAUUGGUUUCACCUCCACCACCAUCCCCAAGAUGAUCGUGGGCAUCCAAACUCAGAGCAGAGCCAUCUCCUAUGUGGGUUGCCUGACUCAGAUGUCUUUUUUUAUGCUUUUUGGGUGUUUGGAUAGUCUCCUUCUGGCUGUGAUGGCGUAUGACCGGUUUGUGGCUAUCUGUCACCCCCUGCACUACAUGGUCAUUGUGAACCCCCGCCUCUGUGGCUUGUUGGUUUUGACCUCUUUUUUCAUCAGCCUGUUGGUCUCCCAGAUGCACAAUUCAAUUGUGUUGCAGCUUGCCUACUUCAAGGAUGUGGAAAUUUCUCAUUUCUUCUGCGAUCCUUCUCAACUCCUCAACCUUGCCUGUUCUGACACCUCCACCAAUAACAUAGUCAUGUAUUUUGUGGGUGCCGUCUCUGGCUUUCUGCCUAUCUCAGGGAUCUUUUUCUCUUACUAUAAAAUUGUUUCCUCCAUUCUGAGAGUCUCAUCCGCAGGUGGGAAGUACAAAGUCUUCUCCACCUGUGGCUCCCACCUGUCAGUUGUUUGCUUAUUUUAUGGAACAGGCCUCGGGGUGUACCUCAGUUCAGCUGUCUCACGUUCUCCCAGGAAGGGUGCAGUGGCCUCAGUGGUGUAUACUGUGGUCACCCCCAUGCUGAACCCUUUCAUCUACAGCCUGAGGAACAGGGACAUCAAAAGGGCCAUGCGGAGGCUCUUCAGCAACACAAUUUAAUUGCAGUACCUGUGCCAUCCAUCUGGAGUGUAGG